AUUCUAUAAAUUUGUCUUAAAUUUCAUCUGAAUUUGAAAAAAAUCUAAAUUCUAAUACCUAAAAUUCAGUCUCCCCAACACUUCUUUAUUAAAAUUCAGUUCACCUUCACACCUUUUUAAAAAUUCAAAUUGGUGACCUUUAUGCUGGAGGAAUAAUUCUAUUAAUUAGUAAUGAAAAAAUUAGAAUAUAGAUUGAUUAUGAAACAAAUGAUGUCAUUUCUCUUCUCUCUAGGGUUUUUCCAUUGGAGUUGAACUUUAAGCCUCAGUUCUUGAGCUUCUUGUCUGAUUUACACAUCUCCUCCUUGUUUUCGAAAAACCCUUUUGUUGCUCGACUGAAAAUUAACCCAAAAAUGAAAAGAUCUCACCUUUGAAGUGAAGUUCUUGUGAAAAUUGCAUAGCUGCGAUUUGAAAUUUGAUACCCAAUAAGGCAGGGAUGCCUCGAAGCAGGUCGCGCUCGCUGUCCCACCGGAGGCGGUACUCGCCGUCCCCUGUCAGUCACCGACGCAGCAGGAGGAGCAGAAGGGACCGCAGCCGCUCCCCUUAUUCCAAUUCUCACACCAGGAGAAGAAGUCGUUCUAGCUCCCCACGUCGCCGUCGAAGUCGUACACCAACUUUGAGGCGUCGCAAAAGUCGGUCUCCAACACCAAGACGAUCCAGGAGACAAAGAAGUAGGAGUUCCUCAUUGUCUCUAGUGCGCAGGUCUCACAGUCCAAGUCUUGCUCCAGUUGACCAUAGGAAUGCCAUUGAUAAAUCUAAAAUAGCAGAAGAAGAAGAAAAGAAACGGCGUCAGCAAGAAGCCGAACUGAAACUUUUGGAAGAAGAGACUGCAAGGAGGAUGGAGGAAGCAAUUCGGAAAAAUGUUGAGGAGAGGUUGAAUUCGGAGGAAGUUAAGUUGGAAAUUGAGAGGCGAAUAGAAGAAGGUCGCAAGAAAUUGUUUGAUGAUAUUGCUGCUCAACUUGAAAAAGAAAAGGAAGCUGCCCUUAGUGAGGCAAGGCAGAAAGAGGAACAAGCUCGAAAAGAGAGAGAGGAGCUGGAUAAGAUGCUUGAAGAGAAUCAAAGAAGGGUGGAGGAAUCUCAAAGAAGAGAAGCUUUAGAACAGCAGCGAAAAGAGGAGGAGCGGUAUCGGGAGCUGGAGCUGAUUCAAAGACAGAAAGAGGAGGCUGCUCGAAGGAAGAAACUAGAAGAGGAGGAAGAACGUGCAAACCAGCUGUUGGGUAAGAACAAACAUCGGCCGAAGUGAUACGUUGAGGUCCUUAGCCCUAAAAAUGUCAUCUAAGGGGCUUGACUGCAGAACUUUAAUGUUUAUCUUUCAUAAGCAAGGGUCUGCCCUCUUGAAGUUAAUCCUGUUCUUGAGUCUCUGAUUUGAAAAUAUCAUUAAAAACUGUUGGGGUUACCUGCUCUUUGAUCUCAGUUUGGUUCUCUGUUGAGAUUAAGACAUUGGUUUGGGAUGGACUAGCUAUUGAACAAAAACUGCGGAUGAAACAGGCCUUCUGAGUAAAAUAUUUAUCAACAGAAAGUAAAAUAAUUACUUUCCAAGAAUAAAGUAAUUUUCUUUAUUCACA